AUGGCAAGCACCUUCCAUGACCUUAUGAGAAACAUCUACCAUGACAUCAUGACAAACAUCUAUCAUGACAUUAUGACAAACAUCUAUCAUGACAUUAUGACAAACAUCUACCAUGACAUCAUGACAAACAUCUACCAUGACAUCAUGACAAGCAUCUAUCAUGACAUCGUGACAAACAUCUAUCAUGAUAUCAUGACAAACAUCUACCAUGACAAUAUGACAAGCAUCUACCAUGACAUUAUGACAAGCAUCUACAAUGACAUCAUGACAAGCAUCUACAAUGACAUCAUGUCAAGCAUCUAUCAUGACAUCAUGACAAGCAUCUACAAAGACAUCAUGACAAACAUCUAA